UGGUCUCGCGCGUUACAGAUUAUUCUCGGAUAAAGGUAGAGUAAGUAAAAAAAAUAUACCGGAAUGUACGAAGCCGUCAAAAUACGAAACGUACCAGGUGGAUCCUUGUAUGAUAGAUCCAUGUAUAUCAGAACCAGCUGUUGUGAUUGUAGGAGCUGGCAUGGCCGGAUUAUCGGCAGCACAUCGAUUAGCUCAGUGUGGCCUCCGUAAUUUUACGGUUUUAGAAGCGACAGAUAGGCCAGGUGGACGGAUCCACUCUUGCUGGUUAGGCGAUGUGGUAGCGGAAAUGGGUGCCACGUGGAUCGAGGGUGGUUGCGUGGCGAACCCAGUGUUCACUUUAGCGGCACAGGAAGGUUUGCUAAAGACACCCCUUUUCAGGCCGGAUCUCAGUCGCGGGUUCUUUUGCACUAGCGACGGUAGGGCCAUCGAUUUUCCGGUCAGCAUCGCGGCGUAUCACACCUUCCGGCAAAUCGAGCAGCAGGCAGCGGCUCUCUUCGCCCUUGGCUGCGGCCGUGCCCACGGUACGUUGCUGAAUUUUAUGGGCAUCAGAAUUCAACAGGAGCUCCACAACUUCCCAGAGGAGCAACGAUAUGAUGCCGCGCGGGUGAUGUACGGCAUGACGAAUUGCGUGAGAUGUCGAUGCGGAGCUGAUCUCUCGCUCAUUUCGGCUGAUCAAUUCGGCAGCUAUAUCGAGAUUCCCGGUGGAAAUAUCAGAGUACCUUUGGGAUUUGUCGGGGUGUUGGCUCCCUUGCUUCGAGAUUUACCUAGUUGUAGCGUCAAGUACUGCAAACCAGUUAAUUGCAUUCGGUGGGGCGCAGUGAGCGACACAGGUCCACGAGCUAUCGUGAAGUGCAGCGACGGCGAAGAGUUUCCUGCUGAUUACGUGAUCGUGACUGCUUCACUUGGUGUUUUAAAAAAUCAGCAUGCGAAAUUGUUUUUGCCAGGAUUACCCGCCGAAAAAGUCGAGGCGAUCAACAAGCUUGGGUAUGGACACGUUAAUAAAAUCUUCUUGGAAUAUGCAAGACCGUUUUGGGUCUGGCGAGAGGGUGCGAUCAAGUUGGCUUGGUCCGCUGAAGAACUGACGGAUAGAUGCGAUUGGGUGAAAGGUGUAGCAAAUGUAGAAGAAUUGCCUAAUUCUCAACAUGUGUUAUGCGCCUGGGUGUGUGGACCCGAAUCGACGGACAUGGAACUGUGUUCUGACGAGGAGGUGGUGGAAUCGAUGACGACGGUUCUUCGUCGAUUCACCGGCGAUCCGACGCUACCUUAUCCAAUCAACAUUCUCAGAAGCAAGUGGUGUAUGGACCAAUAUUUUGCUGGAGCUUACAGUUAUAUGGCUAUGGAUAGUACCGUUGGUCACCAGUGUGACCUGGCGAAUCCGUUACCGGACUCUUGCGAAGCGGUACCACCCAUACUCUUAUUUGCGGGUGAAGCUACUAUACCAGGACACUACAGCACAGUACAUGGUGCAAGGAUCAGCGGCAUUCGUGAAGCGGAGAGAAUUAUUCAGUUAACAAAACGGUAUAACGGUCCGCCGAAAAAAGUGCUUACUAAAUCGUAAUCUAAUAGAGUUCAAUACAUGAACGAGGAAAACGAUAAGUGAGAUUUUUAUUGUGCAACUUAUAUAUUACAAUGAUAUCAAAUAUAUUAUUCUAAUAUAUAUUAAGCAUAAA